UUUUUUUUUAAUUUUAAUUUUAAUUGAAUAAGAAUUUAUUUAUGAGCUAUCAAUCAUUAACUAAUACUUUACCAUCAAUACAAUGUAUGUUAAAUGGGGUUCAAGCGAAACGUAAUAUUCUUCUAGAAGAUAGCUUCUUUCGUCAGCCUAUUCAUCUAAAACCUCUUGAACCUACUUUUUGUACAUCUAUUGACAUAGCCCCUAAGUUUAAUAUUAAACAGUCAACAAUUAUCGGUCAUACUCAUACUCAUACUCAUACACUAACACAGUCACGUAUUCCGUCAACAACAACAACAACAAGCUAUCAUCUUCAUAAACGAACUCAAUCAGAUCAUACAUUUGAAUAUACCCAAGCAUAUUAUUCUGAAGACAUUAAUGAUUCUGUAGACUCUGGUAGUCAGACAUCCUUAUCAUCAUCAUCAUCUCCUGCUAUUUAUCGUCGUGCUCGACUAUUAUCAUUACAAGGUUACAAGUAUAAUUGCCCAUAUUGUCAGAAGGGUUUUUCGCGGCCUUCCUCCUUGAAGACACAUAUUUUUUCUCACACAGGAGAAAAACCUUAUACCUGCAGUUAUCCUUCAUGUAAUAGAAGCUUUAGUGUCCAAAGUAAUAUGCGUCGACACAUGAAGAUUCAUCAAAAUAAUAAUGAUAAGUCUGCUGAAACAUAUUAUUUAUAACAAUAAAAUAGGGAAACAAAAAAAAAAAAUUGUAAUAUAAUAAUUCCCUUAUUCGGAUUUGCUCCUUCCGCCCUUAUUCUCUUUUUUUUUUUUUUUUUUUUUUUUUUUUUUUUUCUU